AUGGCAAACAGCUCCACUGCAUCAAAGACGGCAACACGGAAACCUCCCUACCUCCCUUUCAUCACCACCCACUCAACCACCCUACCCCACGCCAUGUCCCUACCCAAAGAAAGGACCCCCCCGCUGACCUUCGCCCUCCCUCCCUUCCACUCCACCUUCACCCGCGCCCGUCGCACCCUCUCCUCCCCCGCCGCCCCGUCUCUCCUCGUGCACCACCGCACCGUCCGCGCCUCUCUGAAUGGCCACGCCAGCUCCAACGGCCACUACACCCCCGACGAGCCCCCGCCCAACAACGGCGGUGGCGCUCGCGAACACCGCCAACACGGCCACAACCAUACUGAUGAGGACGUCGACGAGAUGUUCUUCGACGGCCUCUCAUAUCCCGCAGAGGCCCUCGAGUGGUGCACCACAAACCCACCCUCUUGGAAUUUGACCAGCAAGUUCAACGCCCUGCUCGACAACCGCAACGAAUCCGCCGCGUCGCCGUUCUCCGCCGACGGCGUGUCCACGCGCAUCUGCGCCGGCGAUCACAACUUCUUCGCCCCCCGCGUCGAGCAGGCCUUUGUCGACACAUUUCGCAUGUCCUCGCCCUACAUUAACGCUCAUCAGGGCCUGGUCUUUGUUAUUCAUGUGCCGGGUGCGUUGCUGGAGGAGAGUCUGUUCGCCUCCGUCAUGGAGGAUAUCGCCCUCAUGCGCAUCGUCGGUAUCAAGCUCGUGCUCGUUCUCGGCCCCCAGAUGCAAGUCAACCGCCGCCUGGCCACGGAGAGGAUGCCCACCAAGUUCGUCGACGGCAUUCGCGUCACGGAUGCCCGCACAUUGCAGAUCGUCAAGGAGCUCGCGGGGAGCAUGCGAUUCGAGGUUGAGGCCACGCUCGCUAGGGGAGUUACCAAUAUGCCUAGUGCUAGUCGCAUCAGCAUUGUCAGCGGCAGCUUCUUUUCGGCCCAGCCGGUCGGUAUUAUUGAGGGCGAGGACUUUGGCUUUUCAGGUAAGGUUAGGCGCAUUGACGUCGAGUCUAUUAAUCGCCGCCUGGAUCAGGGCGACAUUGUUGUCAUUCCCAAUAUAGGGAGCUCGCCGUCGGGGCAGCACUUUAAUUGUUGCUCUGAGGAAGUGGCGUCGGAAUGCGCGGGUCAGCUGAAUGCGGAAAAGUUGAUUUUCAUGGGGAAUGGCGAGACUUUGUUCGAUACGCGCUCGGAUCAUACGAUUCCAAACUUGACGCUCAAGUCCGCUGAGAGAUUUUUGCGACUGCGAGCGGGGGGGCUGCCCCCAGACUUUAGAAAGGCUCUCAAGUAUUCGGUGAACGCGCUCAACAAGGGCGUUCGUCGAGCGCAUAUUUUGAAUCGCUUUCUGAAUGGCGUGCUCCUCAUGGAGGUGUUCCAUCGCGAUGGAGUGGGGCUCAUGGUUUCAAGAGACUUGUAUGAGGGCUUUCGGAGAGCGCGAUUAUCAGACGUCAGCGGCCUCGAGGGAAUCAUUAAACCGCUCGAGGAGCAAGGUAUUCUGAAGCACCGUCCGCGGACGACGAUCGAACGGGAUAUCGAACAAUUUGUAGUGAUCGAGCGGGAUGGAAUGAUUAUUGCCUGCAUGUCGCUAGCAAAACUUGAAGGGGAUCCGCUGUGGGCAGAGCUGGGGUGCCUUGCUGUGCACAGAGACUACCGGAAGCUUGGAAAGGGAGACGCCAUGUUGGGAUUCACGGAACGGAUGGCUUUCGACAUGGGCGUCAGGCAUCUCAUCAUCUUGUCGACUCAAAGCUUUGAUUGGUUCAAGGAGCGUGGAUUUUCUGAAGUCGCAGUCGAGGAGUUGCCCAAGACCAGACAGGAGAAGUACGACAAGAGUAGAAAAUCGAAAAUCUUCCACAAGCUGCUUGAGGGAAGCCGAGCGGUUGAUGAAGCCGAAGUGCUAAAACAUUUAUGAGCUCGCUACUGCUACCCAAGCAGUGAGUGUUCCUUGUCAGAUGCCGUACGCAGCCUGUACGCAAAGCCGAGGACGCGUAGCUUUUGUGCCAUACUGUACGCGCGAAGAAGACGUAUACUUCAUACAACAUCGAUGCAAACCAGUCAUCUCAAAAUUUCUUGCGUCAGUGCCACAGCUGGUUGGCCCGUUCAAGUCUAUUCUUAGCAAUGAUGAGUUUCGUGCUUGUAGUCAUCGGAGAUCGUAAUUAGCGUCCCUUACAUUCCCUUCUCGUGUCCUGCUUGUCAGUUGGGAGAAGAGGGCAAGAAGAAGCUGCUUUACGGCAUGUUCAUUGCUCGAGACGUCUGCAGUGGCAGACGACUGUACGGUACCACACUGCACGUCGCAGGACCCCUCGCAUGAGUCAUCACACGUCAGGCACAGACCAAACUUUGAGCAUUUCUCGAAGUCUGAGAACUACAUACUGGAAAAUGACGGGAGAGUUAUGGAGUUACCGUCAAUUGAGAUCAGAUGUGCUCAAACAACCUAUUCGGGUUAGCAAUCGCAAAACAGCCCACAGCUUGUGGACUCCACACAAGUUGUAUGGCACGCGCAAUGAAUAGCGCAUAUAUUCCAUGAAAAUGUUUUCUUGAGAUGAACAGGCUAAGACCCGUCCGCACUCAUGAGUGUUGAUUCAUGUACAUGUGCGCUCCUUCUACCCAUAGCUAUAGGACCCUGCUCCACAACCGGAGGUUAAGCGAUUAUGUAGUUGGUCCGUAUUGCCCUGCUGCUCGGCCUCUACCAGGAAACUCUUUCCAGAGCCUUGCUUUCAAAAAGCCCUUCCCGCACUCUAGAGGUCUAAAACAUGAGCUCAUAGACGA